GAAGCUGUCUUCGCUCGCGCACUGCACUCACCCCAGAGAGCUGUUUCCCCACCACGCGAGGAGUUUUUUAACGGCAGCAGCAGCAGACAGUUUACCGGAGAUGAUCGUCCAGGCUGUAAUACGCGCGGGCGCAGGGUUGAUGGGGGUCUGUCUCGUGCUCUUUGUCCAGCUGCCUGCUCGCGCCUCGGCCAGCCGGACCCCCCCGCAAGAUGUGGACGAGUGUGGCAAGUCCCUGGAUAACUGCAGCAUCGAUGCCAUCUGCCAGAACACUCCCAGGUCUUACAAAUGCAUCUGCAAGUCAGGAUACAAGGGUGACGGCAAACACUGUGAAGACAUAGACGAGUGUGUGGGGGAGUACACGGGAGGCUGUGUGCACGACUGCAUCAACAUCCCGGGGAACUACAGGUGCACCUGCUAUGACGGCUUCCGCCUCGCCCACGACGGACACAACUGCCUAGAUGUGGAUGAGUGUUCAGAGGCCAACGGCGGCUGCCAGCAGAUCUGUGUGAACAUGAUGGGGAGCUACGAGUGCCGCUGCAGAGAGGGAUACUUCCUCAGUGACAACCAGCACACCUGCAUCCAGCGACCAAAAGUCUCUAGUGGUAAGGAGGGUGCCACCUGCAUGGAUAGGCACCAUGGCUGUGCCCACAUCUGCCGUGAGACCCCCAAGGGGGGCGUGGCCUGUGAGUGCCGUCCUGGAUUCCACCUCACCAAGAACCAGCGCGACUGCAAGUUGACGUGUAAGUACGGGAACGGGGGCUGCCAGCACAUCUGUGAGGAGGCAGAACAAGGGCCCCGCUGUGCCUGCCAUCUCAAGUUCGCCCUGCACAGCGACGGCAAGACCUGCGUCGGGGAGAGGGAGAGGAUUGUGCCGCAGCGGUCAGCACCACAGCUCUUUCCCAAUGAGACGUGUGCGGUGAAUAACGGGGGCUGUGACAGCACGUGUCAUGAUGCCAUGGCUGGAGUCCGCUGCAGCUGCCCUGUAGGCUUCACCCUGCAGCCUGACCGCAAGACCUGCAAAGACAUAGACGAGUGUGGGCAGUCUAACGGGGGCUGUGACCACGUGUGCAGGAACACCGUGGGCAGCUUUGAGUGCAGCUGCAAGAAGGGCUACAAGCUGCUGACCAAUGAGAGGACCUGUCAAGAUAUUGAUGAGUGCUCGUACGACCGCACGUGUGAACACUCGUGUGUCAAUUCUCCUGGCGGCUUCCAGUGUCUCUGUAACAGAGGCUACGUGCUGUACGGAGGUGCUCACUGUGGAGACAUCGACGAGUGCAGCAUUAAUCGUGGGGGCUGCAAGUUGGGCUGUGUGAACACUCUGGGCAGUUACGAGUGCACCUGUAGUCAUGGCUACAAGCUGCACUGGAACAAGAAAGACUGCAUCGAAGUGGUUAAAUGUGUCUCUGGUGUGGUGCAGCCCAAAGCAACCCUCACCUGCAGCAAGUCUGGAAACAAAGAGAGCUGUGCACUCACCUGUGCAUCAAAGGCACAUUAUCUGGCAGAGUCGGACAGCAGCUACAGCCUGAGCUGUGGGGUCCCUGUGCUGAGGGGCAAGAGCCAAUCACGUCUCAACACCAGCGCACAGGGCUGCAUAGAGACUCAGGCUCCUCCGGUGAAGCAGACGGCCUCGUUCAAGAUCAAAGACGCCAAGUGCCACCUGCACCCCAAACUCCGCGGGAGGGCUACAGACGACGGGGGCCGCACGGCAGGGCCAGGUGAUCAGCCAUGCAAAAACUGCCAGGUGACCUUUGUGAACCUGAAGUGUGACUCCUCCAAAAAGGCCAAAGGUCGAAGGGCACGGAACUCUAGCCGAGAAGUCACACGCAUCACAUUGGAGCUGGAGGCAGAGGUCAAACCUGGAGACAUUACAGGAAGCUGUACCCUGAGCUGCCAGCGGCAGCAUGCGGAGCGGAACCUGAAGGCGUACAUGAAGUCCCUGCGCAAGUCCAUCCACCAGGAGCGCUUCCUGCUGCGUGUGGCCGAUCUGGACUACCAGCUGGCCCACAAGCUGCCGCCGCCCAGCAGGCACGACCACUGCGGCCCGGGCCGGGAGAAGGACAAAGGCAGCUGUGUCAGGUGUCCGUCUGGUUCCUACUACCAUGGCGGUCAGGAGCGCUGUGUCCAGUGUUCCCCCGGAACCUUCCAGGAGCGCGAGGGCCAGCUGGCCUGUGACCUUUGCCCCGGAAGUGAACGACACGGCCCCGCGGGAGCACGCAACAUCUCCUCCUGUGCAAGUCAGUGUGCGGCGGGCUCCGUGUCGAGUGACGGCUUCAGGCCGUGCCACCUGUGCCCACUGGGCGCGUACCAGCCUGAGGCCGGGCGCACCUUCUGCCACCCCUGCGGAGGAGGACUCAGCACCAGGAGGGAGGGCGCCACCUCAUUCAUCGACUGUGAGGUCAAAGUGACGUGCUCCCCUGGUCAUUUCUACAACACGGGCUCCCACCGCUGCAUGCGCUGCCCCAUCGGAACCUACCAGACCGAGUUCCGCCAGAACCACUGCAUCACCUGCCCCGGCAACACCACCACCGACUUCGAUGGAGCCACCAGCGUCUCCCAGUGCAAGAAUAGGGAGUGUGGGGGGGAGAUCAGGGGCAACAUCGGCUACAUCGAGUCGCCCAACUACCCCGGGAACUACCCCGCCAACAUCGAGUGCACGUGGAACAUCAACCCCCCCCACCGCCGCAAGAUCCUGCUGGUCGUGCCCGAGAUCUUCCUGCCCUCCGAGGACGAGUGCGGCGACGUGCUAGUCAUGCGCAAGAAUGCGUCGGCCAACUCCAUCACCACGUACGAGACGUGCCAGACCUACGAGCGGCCAAUCGCCUUCACCGCACGCUCACGCCGCCUCUGGAUCAACUUCAAAUCCAACGAGGUCAACAGCGCCCGCGGAUUCCACAUCCCCUACGUCACCUAUGACGAGGACUAUGAGAAGCUGGUGGAGGACAUUGUUCGAGACGGGAGGCUCUACGCCUCCGAGAACCACCAAGAGAUCCUCAAGGAUAAGAAGCUGAUCAACAUGCUGUUCGAGGUGCUGGCCAACCCCAAUAACUACUACAACUACUCGCGGAGCAACUCCAAAGAGAUGCUGCCACGCUCCUUCAUCCGCCUCAUCAGCAGUAAAGUCUACGACAUCCUGCGGCCCUACAAGUAGGCCCCGCCUCUCCGCCAGCAGCAGCCAAUCACCUGUCCCGCUCCUGUUGCCAGGCAACAACCUCCAGUCCCCCCACUUUUUUGUUUUGUUUUGUUUUCCCUCUGAAUUCUUUUGACGUCUUCAAGAACACUUCAGACUUCCGUACCAGCCCCCGAUCCCCGGCCUCACCCCCAAAUCUUAGCCCAGCCAACCCGACGCCCAGAUCUUCCUCCUGCCCCCCCUGAUCCCAGCCCACACACACCACUCUGGCUGCCAGUGGAUGUGGACCCCUCCCCCCCCCACACCCCCCACCCCUCCCAUAACAGGGUCUCCAACAGGCUGAAGGCAUCGUCUGGAUGUACGGGGGGACCGAGUGUUACUGUGAUGGAGAGAAGAGAGUGGAGAGGUGAAGAAAUGGAGAGAUGGAGAGAAGAGAGUGGAGAGGUGAAGAGAACGAUGGAGAGAGAAAGACUGAGAAUGAUGCUCUCACUGACAAUACAGUGAGACACAGAAUGUGUGUGUGUGUGUAUGUUUGUGUGCGUGUGCGUGUGUGUGUGUGUGUGUAUGUGUGUUAAAUGCGUGUGUGUGUGUGUGUGUGCGUGUGUGUGUGUGUGUGUGCUUGUGUGCAAGGGAAACAGAAAGAGAGUCAUUUUGGAAGGAUUGACAUAUUGGUCGCUUUGGAGACGAGAAGAGACUGGACAGACUCUAAAGGACAGCAUGUCCCAAGUGCGCCCUCUGCUGGGCAAAUAGUGUCAAGUGUUCCUCCCAGCGUUGCCAUUGCCCUCCCUACCAACAGGGCGGCGCCUCUCCCCUACAUUCCACACUUAAAAAGCCUAACGAUACAAGAGCUCAUAGAGCAACGUCUUAAUUUCUUACAUUCUUACUGUUAAAACAGUACUUUUAUGUGUUCGCUGUCUAUGUGAGAUUAUAUUAUUGUCUGUUGCCUACUCCUCUGCUAUUUUAUAUCAAAGUUAACUUAAAAAGGCCUAGAGAAGUAGUGUGUUAUUUGCAACCAGAGAACAGAGAGCAGAGAGAGAUUGUGUGUGUGUAUGUGAUGGUAGUAGUGCGUGCGUGCGUGCGUGCGCGUGUGUGUGUGCAUAGCUGUGUGCUGCUUCUAGUGAGCAUAAGGUCACUUUGUAUCUCCCUGCAUAUGUACAAGUUUGUUCCAUUUUGCUUUUCAUUUAGAGAUGCAUCAACACCCCAUCUUCCUUUCGCUACCAAGUUCUACUUGGUCUAUUCCCUGUUCUCUAAGGGAGUUCUACUUGGUCUAUUCCCUGUUCUCUAAGGGAGUUCUACUUGGUCUAUUCCCUGUUCUCUAAGGGAGUUCUACUUGGUCUGUUCCCUGUUCUCCAGGGGAGUUCUAGUCUGUCUAUUCAUAUACAUGUGUGUGCUUCUUCAUUUCUGCGCCUAACGAACAAACUCAGAUGGAUUACGCGUCUGAGCGCUCCUCUCGACUGAAGCCCAGCCCCCUUAGAUAGCGAUGAACAGGUAAGUAACGGAGCCUGUAGAUAGUGUUAGCUAUCGCUGUUCCCUUACCCCUAUACACACACACUCACACAUACACAACUCACAGAAACACCAAGUAUAGGGUAGGGAGACCAGACGUUCCCCGGUUUCAGGGGACAGUCCCAGUUUUUGGUUGCCUGUCCCUGGGAAAAUACUACCUACAGUAUGUCCCCAUGUUUUUGAAGAUAAAACAUGUAUUUCAAUCAGAUUGAUGGUUAAACUGAAAAUGUUCCCGUUUUUUUGGGAUUAUGUCUCCGGUUUUGGUCUCGGACAUCUGGUAGUAUAGACACUAUACUACAACCCCCCCCCCCACACACACACACACACACACACACAAACACACACACCCUCCCAGGUCACAGUAACACACACACACACACACACACACACACACACACUCACACCCUCCCAAGUCACAUUAACACACAUUUUUGACUGACACUUUUCAAAGGUGUGACAUGAUUACUAACAAAUCUACAGGCGUGCACAGACACAGUCACCCUGCCGUGUGUGUCGUAUCUAAAGCCCUGCCUACAUCCAGCCACAUCAAACCCCACUCCACGGCCCGCAUGUAUCUUCUAAAGCCCUGCCUACAUGCAGCCACAUCAAACCCCACUCCAUGGACCACGUGUACAGUACUCCACUCACUCACUUUCUUGUGACUGUGCUCACAACAACAGCCAGAGAACAUUAGCUGUCUGACAGGUUUGUUUAUGUGUGAGGGUGAUGAGGAUGUUGAGAACACAAGGAUCAAAGGGUAGCCUACUGUUAGCACUGCGUUGCACAUAGGUUUGUGUUCUAUUUAGCAUACUUCUAUACUUACAAUACCUAACAUGAGUGCACAAGUGAAUGCUCUUGUGCACUCAUAUUAGGUGCUGUAAGUACAGAAGUAUGCUAAAUGCACAGCCUAGGACAGGUCAGUGCUAGCUAUGAAUAGGGACCAGCGCUAGCUCACCGUGUGUUAGCAGGAGUUAGCAUUAUCUACAGUACUAGCACACAAACUGUACAGUAGCUCUGCUCCUGUCCUAUGCUAGCUCCCAUUGUCUACUAGCACACAGACUGUAGCUCUGCUCCCAAGAGAUAAUGCUACACGGCGCUAGCUCACAGUAUGUAAGCAGGACCUAGCAUUGUCUACUAGCACACAGACUGUAGCUCUGCUCCCAAGAGAUAAUGCUACACGGCGCUACAUUAGCUCACUAGUUCACUAGCUUAGAUGGCGUCACCCUGUUUUGGAUGCCCAGGUACAGUACAGCUAUGUGCUGAUGCUACUUCCUGCUAGCAUGCUACAGGACAAGCUACAGGAAUGAGGUUCAGACAGCAUUGGAGGCUUACAACAAAUAGCUGCAGGUUUUAUUACCCUCACUUUUUUAUUACUUUCUGCUCAUGUGCAGGAAUGAAAUGAAAUGAAAAAAAAAUGCAUUGCAAAUACACUGUACUGCAUUUAACUGCUGAUAUGCAGGAUUUUGGAUAUAACGGCAUUGUACUUCAGAUAAACGGCAGUAUAACUACAGUGUUUCUUUUACUUCCUUUUUUUGUCAAAACUGCAGUUAUUUUUUGAGACCCGUCGUCUUACAGGUUCUAGCG